UCGACGAACGAUCACAUCAUGUCAAAAUGAUGUGUUCCGCCUGCAAAAUGAUGUGACGUGACCUGGUGGCUCGAAAUGAAAAUGAACCAACAACAGGGUCACACUCACACACACUACAAGGUUAUUUUGCCAAGAAAAAGUAGUUCAAGAACCCGCAUCGCAUUUCUUUGAGUUGAUAGCAGUAGUUAGUGCCUGCUGCACUUGCGGCGCACGGUUGACUCGAGCAUGGCGUCGAUGAAAUCAGCGUUCAGGAUAGCAGCGGAGUUCUACCCGACUCAACUCUCGUUGCAGCAGAGUCGCAUGAACUUGUGGAAAUCGGGGAGAUCGUACAGUCGUGCCUUCAGCACAAGUAAUGUGCGUGGGGACGGAUCUGGACCCGUGCCGUCUGCUGUUCCGUACGACAGGAGCGGCAGCAAUUUCGACUCAGCUGCGACCGGCGACAAACUGCCCAGCAGUGCGGACGCCGUGAUUAUUGGCGGAGGUGUUGCAGGAUGCUCCGCUCUCUACCACCUGACCAAGCUGGGCAUGAAAAAUGUUGUCCUCUUGGACCGCUCCAAGCUCACAGCGGGUACAACGUGGCACAGUGCUGGACUGGUAUGGCGACUACGUCUACCCGAUACUACCAUUCAGUUGAUGACAAGGACACGUGAUUUGCUGGUCGAUACAAGUGAGACGAGUUUGCAAGCGGAGAGUGGCGUCGAUGCUGGCUGGGUUCAGAAUGGCACACUGUUUGUUGCCACCCAGAACGAUCGUCUGGACAUUAUGAAACGUACUGCGUCGAUGGGACAUGCCGUUGGCAUAGAGUCAUCCGUCAUUUCCCCUGCUGAAGCUAAGGAGAUACACCCAUUCGUGAACGUGGAUGAUGUGGUCGGUGCUGUGUAUAGCCCUGGUGAUGGGAUCGUUGAACCGGCUGGCCUUGUGUCGGCGUACUCCCGAGCUGCCGUCCGGAAUGGUGCAAAGAUUUUCGAGGACUGCCCAGUGUUGACUAUUGAGACGAGUAAAGAGGGCUUUCACUCGUCGCGUCAGGUCUCGGCGGUUCAUACAGACCGUGGAACCAUUCGCACGCAGUGCGUACUGAACUGUGGAGGUGCAUGGGCACCGUACGUGGGUGCUAUGGUCGGCGUCAACGUGCCCCUGUAUCCCGUGCGACAUCACUACGUCGUCACCGACUCCAUCGAAGGCAUGCGUGGACUUCCACACGUGCGCGACUACGACCAAUCAAUCUACUUUAAGACGCAUGGAGACGCCGUGUCGUUUGGUGGUUACGAGAAGGACGCUAUCUUCAUAGACGAUAUCCCCAAAGACUUUGACUUCUCGCUGUAUGACCUGGACUGGGAUGUGUUCUCUCAGCACAUGACUGCGGCCAUGCACCGCAUGCCUAGCUUGGAGAAGGUGCGCCUCAAGUCCACAGUGUGUGGACCAGAAUCAUUCACACCCGAUCACUAUCCGCUCGUGGGGGAAUCCCCUGAAGUGCGUGGCUUCUACGUAAGCUGUGGAUUCAACUCCAGUGGUAUCAUGCUGAGUGGCGGAAUUGGUCAGCAGAUUGCAGAGUGGAUCAUACAUGGCAAGCCAAGCCUGGACAUGUGUCACUUUGACAUCCAGCGGUUUGGUGCGUAUGCGCGAGGCAAGACUUGGUUGCGUGAACGCUGUCAUGAAGAGGUGGCCACGAAAGAUUCAGUCAAAUAUCCCAAUGAUCAGCCUCUGGCAAGUCGUAACAUGAUCAAAGACCCACUGCAUAAGGAGCUUCUGAAGGAAGGCUGUGUGUAUGAAGUAUCGAAUGGUUGGGAAAGACCUGGGUAUUUCUGGCGGCAAGGCGCUAUACCGGAUCUGAAGAUUUUGCCAUAUGACUAUUGCGGUGCGUAUGGGCAUGGAGCACAUGUUGACUACCCCUACCGGGAUGCUCUAAUGCAGGAGUGUUCAUUCACCGACCAUCCUGGAAGCCACAAGAGUAUUGGUCAAGAGUGCGAAGCAACGCACAAGACUGCGGCCCUCUACAACUUGUCAUCGUUUGGCAAGCUGCUAGUGCAAGGCAGAGAUGCACAGCUGGCCAUUGACUGGCUUUGCAGUAACAAUGUCCGACAGGAAGGUAAAGCGGCGUUCUCGUGCAUGCUCAACAAGCAAGGUGGCGUGGAAGCUGAAGUGAUGGUCACUCCACUCUCAGCCGACUUGCACCAGUUCUUGGUUGGAUCGCCUCCCGGUGGUGCCGAUAACGACAGUCUGUAUUACGUGGUGUGCGGUGGAUCCACCCUGACGCACGUCCAGUGUCACAUGCAGAGGGCGAUACAGGACCAGAAGUUUGAUGCUGCCGUGCAAGAUGUAACUAGCAACAUUGGUGUGCUCAGUUUGCAGGGACCUCGCAGCACUGAGAUUCUCCAGCAGCUGACCAAAACUGAUCUGUCGGUAGCCGGCGCAUCAGGCAUGGGAACGCAGUUCACAAUGGACAUAGUGGGACGCCCUGCGCUAGCCAUGCGAGUGCCAUACCUGGGCCAGUCGGGCUACGAGCUGCACAUCACCAUGGACUCUUUGCUGCAGGUCUACGAGCAACUGAUGAAAGUGCCCGACAGCGGCCUGGUCAACGCUGGCUUCCGCGCCAUGAAGUCCGUCAGUCUGGAGUGGAAUCAUUGCUCGUGGGGUGCUGAUCUUGGAGGCUGUGAUACUCCCGUUGAGGCUGGUCUGGGUUCGACGUGCUCCCAGUUCAAGGACUAUCUUGGCAAGGAAGUUGUGGAUGAGCAGCUGCAGAACGGAAUCACUCGCCGUCGUGUGCUGCUGGCAGGAAAGCCUGAAAAUGGUGGCCCUCUGCUUGGAUCGGAGCCAGUGUAUAGAGAUGGCAAGGUGGUGAGUUACACUCGCCGUGCUGAGUACUCACACCUUCUAAACACCAACCUGGCCAGUGCUUAUAUUCCCGUUGAAACUGCCACGACUAACGCCGCUGACUUUGCCAAGGGCCGCUUUGAAAUUGAGCGCAUGGGCGAGCGCUUCCCAGCCGAGCUGUUUCUCAAGGCACCCAUUAAAAAGUGAACUCUGAAGACCACCUCUGCCAUAUGUCAUUCUGAUCUGGGUCGGUCCACGCCCAGUCAUGACAAGCCAGGAGCAUAGUGAUGCUACGCUGUGUACCCUGUUGGAAAUUUGAGUUGAAAAAGUGUGGGCCAAGCAAACCCCUCAUAGCAGUGUAGUGCAGUGCACAUAGGUGUAUCUUCACAUACGAGACUUGAACUCGUGCAUCAUAGUGUUGCUAGAUUGUCAAUUGAAAUUUGUGUCUUCUUUCACGUGUCAACUGCUUAUUGCAAGCAUUUUCACCGCUGGCUCCCACAAUACAUGUGUGGUGCUAGUAUGCAGGGAGCGCUGUGCCGGGUUCAAACUUGAUUUCCAGUGUCAGUUCAAUGAUAUUAUGUUUUGUGUUUUGGAAGACUAGCAGCAGCUGAAGGUUUGCGGCAUUUUGCUUAUUGGCUGACUGCGCCUUCUUUAGUGGACCCGCUUAGGGAGAAUUUUUACUCUAAUGCUAUUCAUUUUAUAUGGUACUUUUGACAACACCAUCCCAGUUUCCUUCUUUUUUUUGCCAAGGAUCGACUGCCUUCUAGACAAUAUUAUCCUUCUGUGUUGGAAACGGCAGGGGCACCGCUCCUAUCGAACACAUGUGGUUGAGUGGCAAACUAAGCCAUACAUAGCACUCAUCUUCCGUUCCUCUCUUCCUCAUCCUUCCCGGCUUUCACAGGAGAGCGCCUCGAUAGGCUGACGCAGCCUUUCGUCAAUCUUAAAUAAAACUGAUCAAUCAAUUAAUCCA